GUGCCUUCCUGGUCCCUUAUCUCAUCAUGGUGUUCCUGUGUGGCAUUCCCCUGCUCGUUAUGGAAUUUACUAUUGGGCAGUACACUCGUUUAGGGCCAGUGCAUGCUCUCGUCAAAAUCUGUCCCUUGUUAAAAGGUGAGUCACUCUCCAGGUCAUGAGACGAGGAUGAACAUAUGCUGGAUUUUUCUUUAUUUUCAGAUUUUUGGGUACAGUCCUCCAUUUGUUUUGGUCUGUGUUUCAGUCAUUUCUAAAACUUACAUGUACAUCUUUUCUCAGUGUCACUGUCUUCAAUUACUUAUGUGUAUAUAUAUAUAUAUAUAUAUAUAAACAUACACUCCACUCCACUACAUUGCUGAACAAGUCAUUACUGAACAACUUACAAGCCCCAAUACUAAAUUAUUAACCAGCAGUUCCUAGAUAUCCCAGUUGAUCAAUACUGUGUGUAAACAACUAGCUGCAUGUUUUUGGACCUAGACUAUUCAAGGAGUGGAUACCAGUUUGUUUUUGUUUUUUUAAAUUUAAAUGAUUCUAUGGCAGACUUAUAGAUUUUUACAUGAAUUUACAUUUAUUUGAAUAAUUUAACAGAAAAUGAAAAUAAAAGAUGAGAUGAAACUCCAUCUCCAUGGUUAGACGAGGGAAUUUCAGUAGCAAUGUAAUAGCUGUCAAUCGAGUAUUUUUUGUAAUGUUUUUAGGGGGACACGUUUACACUAAGUAGUAUAGAAAACAAGAAAUGUUAUUUGAAAAAAUAGAUAGAUGGUGAAUUUACAGUUAUCACUAUUUGCACAUUAACAGGUUGACUAUUUAUUAAUUCAAACACAUAUUGGAUACCAAUUUGUUGGACACAUUAUUAGUUGGACAAAAACCCAUGUGCAUUAGCUGUUAACACACAUGAUUGUAAGAAUAAAGGAACAUGAAGGCUUAUACUGUGCGUGCUGACACACAGGUGACUUAGAUUGUUUACAUUUUAUGUACAUUGCAUGGUGGGUUUGUAAUGCAGGGCUGAUUUGACAUUUGAAAACAGGUGGAACAUUAAAGUCCUCCUCCUCACUGAAGUUCUCCUUUGCACCAGCAUAAAUCAAUACAAAUUAUUAUAUUCCUCUAAUCUACAUUAUGGGUUGUUUUUUUAAAGAUUUAUUUGGCCUUUAUUUAGACAGUAACUGGCAUAGAGGCCAACAGGAAACAGGCAGAGAGAGAGGGGAGUGAGCUGCAUAUGUCCCUGGCUGGAUUUGAACCAGGGAUGCUGCGAUUAUGUGUCAUGUGCUCUAACCAUUCGACCACCAGGGCGCUCCAUACAUGCUGUUUAAGUUAAAGUCUGUGUAAAGUCAAUUCAUUGAUAUACUUAUAAACAUAUAAUACAUGUUUGAAAAUGGUUACAGAAAACAUGUGAAAAGGCUGAUAACUAUGCAGUACUAAAUUGUGGAGAUAGAGCCUUAAACUGUUUCUCACCCUCUCAUUUUUCCUGAUUUUCUGAGCCUGCAAAAAACGGUGGCGCACCCACAUGACCUUGGCCCCUCCCCUACUAUAUAAGACCGAGAGUCGGCUCUCCUCAGUGGUUAACCUGCCUAGUGGACAGUUAUUGUUAAUAUCUAACACUACUACUACUACAGUUAGCUGAGUUAGCCGCCGAGCUAGCAGCUGAGCUAGCGGCAGAAAGCUCUUAGACGUAGCGUCCAUUUUUCUGGUAGAGGUGGUGACUUUGAUUGACAGGUGACACUUGGUAGGGGGCGAGGUUUCAGCGAACUCGGUGGGCACGCCCACAGCGUUUUGGAGCAGAGACAGAGGCUGAUUUUUACACAACUUUGAAGCCUAAUUUCAUAUAUUUGGCGAUUUUUUUAAUCAUUCAAAUUUGGCAGGGUGGUUAACAACACACUUUUCUGUGGUAUGUCAAACUCAGAACACAUAUUUAUUCUUACUUUACACAGACUUUAAGUCAUAUUCUGUUUUUCUCUGUGUGUCAAUCCUAAAGAAAAAGAAGAAGAACAGUUCUUUAUACAGGUGGUAACAAAUCUGUACAAUUACUGGUAGCAAUGCAUUCAUGAAUGAUGUCCCUGGAUGUGCCAUGUUGGCAUUUUUAUCUUGACUGACUAUAGCCAAUGAGCAAACUUCUCAUAAGUGAUAAAAUGUGCAACUGUUGGUUGUUGUGUCAAUUUAUCUCUGCCAAAGAGGCCAUGUUGGCAUGCCUCAGUAGCCUACUGGCUAAGACUCAUGCCACAUAACUACAACACCCGUGCUUUGACUCAGUGACAGCGGACCCUUAUUGCAUUUCGCUUCCCCAUAUCUCUCUCUCUCUCACUUCCCGUCAAAUCUCUCCACUGUCAUUGUAACAAAGGCUUAAAAUGCCUCUAAAAAUAUAUAUUUAAACAGGUCAUGUUUUUGAUCCUUCUUGUUCCUUCUUUUAUGCAUUCACAAAAAAUACAAAACAUUUUUUGAAAUUGGAACAAGAUGUUGUUGAAUGACCCCUGCCCCUGUCCCAACAUAGGAAACACAUGUUUUUCAGUGCAAUGACAGCUGGUAGGAAUUACCUUUUGUAGCAUUUCUUGUCAUAGACCAGUAGUUUGUGGAGAGAGUGGGAGAACCUCUACAUGAUGUUUAACGUUAUGUUUGUGAAGCCUCCUCCUCUCCACAACCAACUCCAAGGCCUCCAGAAAAGUCUCAAGCACAGAUUCAGCCUCACUGAUCAGUUUGUUCGGAUAGUGUCAGUGAUGCCCCAGCAGAUUGCACCAGCCAGCACAGAUUAACUGCAUUUAAAUCAAUGAGAAUAUAUGGCAUGACAAUGUAUCUUGUGUUUUUCUUUCACUGUAUGUUUGAUACAGAUCUAGAACAUUUUCUGCUUUUUCCGUUACCGAUUUAGAGGACUGUACAUCGUUGGAGUGCUUAAAAAAUGAAAUCUGACUUUUUCUGUUUGAUAAAUGGAUUGUUUUCACAUGCUGAUGGAUGAGAACUUGUUAAGCUAGCACUGCUGUAAUCAAUUACUCUUUUGAUUACUGAUCUCCAAAUUUCCAAAAUUUCUUAAAGUACAUAGAAUUAAGAAUGAAAAAAAUCUACUCAUGCAUGAAAUGAGUAUCCUUAAAAUCUGCCUAUUUUAGUGAUUAAGUCUGAAAUGGGUGACUGAAAAUAUGCUCUUACAGUCUACAUUACCCCAAUACAUGUUUUAAACAUGGGAAAUUGUUUGCAGUGUAAAAAAACAAAACUUUUGAGUGUUAUGAAAAAAUCAUGAUACAUAUAAGGAGGUAAUUGAAAUCAUAAAUCAAAAUAUGUAAAUGUUUGCAGGCUUGUCUGAAUGAAGUGAAAUGUGUGGACUCAAAGAGCACUGACAGUCACCUGGGAGCUCAUCUGAAUCAUUAUUACAAAUCAAACAAGCUCCCAGCCAUCAACAAUCAAUGGGUGUAAAUUGAAAAUGCUGUCUGUCUUGUUCUAACUUCAGAUUUUUCUCCAUAGUUUUCUUAUCUCCUUAAAGACAGAGAUUAUCUACCCGGUCAAAACGUAUGGGUCCUUCACUUGAUUUAUCGCUCAUUUCUUCCUGGUUAAUGCUCUGUGCUAAACAAGGGCCAAAAGCAGGAGUUGGCCUGGCCACAGUUGUUAUCUCCUUCGUCUUCUCCACGUACUACAAUGUGCUCAUGGCUUGGGCACUUUUCUAUUUCUUUAACUCAUUUGGAGCGACGCUACCCUGGAAGUCUUGCAACAACACCUGGAAUAAUGUGGGAAACUGUUCCACCGGUUUCACCGGCAACAACACCCACCUGCAGUCUGCCAGCCAGCAGUUCUUCGAUCUCAAACUUCUGGAGAAAACUGAUGGCAUUGAAGAAGCUGGUGGCCUUCGCUGGGAAAUAUUUGGCUAUCUCAUUAUUGCCUGGGUCUUUGUGUAUUUAUGCAUAUUUAAAGGCGUCAAAUCCACUGGCAAGGUUGUAUAUUUCACUGCCGUAUUUCCGUACUUCAUCCUGUUUGCCCUGCUCAUUAAUAAUGUGCAGCUUCCUGGAGCCAAGAAGGGUAUCCUCUACUUUUUGACACCUGUCUGGAGCAAACUGUUCGAAGUUAAGGUUUGGGUUAAUGCAGCUGCCCAAGUGUUUAACUCCCUUGGGAUUGCUUUUGGCUCCAUGAUUUCGAUGUCUAGUUACAACAAGUUCAACAACAACAUUAUCAGAGAUGCUUUGAUCGUAACGUUUGCCAACUCGUUCACGAGUCUGCUGGCUGGCUUUGUGAUCUUCUCAGCUAUUGGCUACAUGGCUCACAUACACCAUCUCCCAGUGGAAAACAUAUCUACCGGUGGUCCUGGUCUGGUGUUUGUUGUUUACCCUGAAGUCCUCUCCACCAUGCCUGUCUAUCAGCUGUGGGCUCCUCUGUUCUUCUUUAUGCUGCUGUGUCUCGGCCUGGACAGCCAGUUUGCCACAGUUGAGGUGGCUGUGACAUUCAUAAAGGAUGAGUUUGGCCACAAACUUAUGGGUUUCCUAAAGAGAGAAGAGCUGCUGACCCUGGCUGUGUGCAUCAUCUGCUUUCUCCUUGGGCUUCCACAUGUUACUCAGGGAGGUAUCUAUGUGUUUCAGCUGAUGGACCACUACACAGCUGUGGUUUCCCUUGUGUUCCUGGCUUUCUUUGAAGUUGUAGCCGUCUGCUGGCUCUUCGGUGUCCCACGCCUCUCUUUAAUGAUUAAGAGGAUGCGAGGAAGAUCUGCAAACAUCUACUUUCGCAUGUGUUGGUUGCUGCUCUGUCCCAUGUUGGUGCUGUGCAUACUGACCUCCAGCAUUAUUCAGUACACUCCUGCUCACUAUGGGAAGUACAAGUACCCAGUGUGGGCUGAAUGGGUGGGUUGGGGAGUCUCACUUGUCUCCAUAAUAUGGGUUCCACUGGGAGCCAUUCAUGAGCUCUACAGAAACAAAGGCUCACUUCUUCAGAGACUUAAAACAGCUAUGACUCCCACAGUAGAUCUGGAUGCUGACGAUCCCCUGCCAGAAAAACAAAACCUUGACAACCCAGCAUCUGAAGCUUUAUUUACUUCUGUAGCAUAACAUACAGUGAAAGCCUUUUCCGCAUCUCUAGGUACCAAACUAUGUGAUACAGAAGAGUUUUUAAUGCUUCUUACUGAUGGAUAACACUUUCAAAAAGUUAAACUUUAUUCAGUUUGUUCUACCAAAGGAUUUACUUUUAACUUUAGCCUAUUGUUCAUACAUGUGACUUCAAAAACUCAAGCCACUUGUUCUUUGCAGUUGACAUCAACAGUAUGGAAGUAUCUGUUGCACUUUACAUGCUGGACACUGAAAAUCUGAGAUUUUGUUUAUUAACUAAAGAUUUAUUUAUUUUGAUUAAGACAUUAUCGAUCACCUGGCCUUUCAAGAUUAUGUCAAGACUAUGCAGGUCGUCAUUCCAACCAAAGACUAGAAUUUAAACAGUUGAUUCAUCUUUUAAAAAAUGCUGUUUGCUUGUUGUCUCUGCGUUGUUCUCUUAUUUUGAAUAUUAUGAAACCUUUCCACUUUGUCACUGCCAGCAUCUGCCUGGUUUCAAACUUAGAUAUGCUUGACUUGAGAAUUUGACAAAGAUUGACUGACUGCAUCAUUAGUUUUGACUGUGAGGCUGCUCUAAGGAGCAGCUUCAGGACCCACAAAUGGUUAGAAAGAUGCAGACAAAGACAUUUAAUUGUUUGUAAAGGGAAAUAUUUAGCAUGGGAUUUCCAUAAUUGUUCCAUUCUCGAACGCCAUAUCUCAUAAGCUGCUAAAACACCUAAGUAGAGGUGAGCAGAGACAAACAGACGGAUACCGGUUUUGUUCUCUGGUCCUCCUUUCUUUAAUAUUUUACAUCCAUUUCUCUGAAAUACACCCUGCUGCUUUUAGAAACUGUUGUUUGACGUCACUGAUGUUCACGCCUUCACCCAGAACAGUAAGCAACACGAUCUGGGUUAAUAUUACACACAUGUGGGCAACAUAAACUCAUCUGGUGAAUCAGCAAGUGGAUUUUGUCUGAUCUCCACAAGGUUGAGUUAAUGUCAUUUUUAAUAAUGUAUCUGACAUUAGUUGACACUAUCUUGGAGCAGGUAACUUACAGUAGAUUUAGAUAUUAUAAGUGGUGCCUUUGAUCCACUGUCAUAAAACUGAAUUGGACUAAUAAGGGUAGAUAAUCUGCAGGACACACAGUCCAGUAACUUUCCAUUCACUUGUGUUCUGUACUCUAUUGACGCCUGCAGUUAAUCGCUAACUGUUUUAUUUCACACUGCCUAACAGAGAACAGGGAAUCGAAGAGUUCCCUCUGGUGAAAGCACGAUUUAUUUACGCAAGUCUUAACUUUGAGGUUUGACAGCAGUGUUAAGUAACAUUUAAAAAAAAUGAUUGACCAGUUUCUGAGAGCAGGAGAUGAGUCUGUUGUUGGAUUGUACCAGAUUGUAUGCAGGCUGAAAUGAUGUAACUCUCUUUAUCUCAUCAGCAGUGAGCAGUAGGAUUCACCAGAGAUAAGAACUUUUUGAAAUGGAGAGGACCAGAUAUGUGACAUUGUCUUAGAUGACAUGUCAUAAAGCACAUAAUUGGCCUUUUCUGUCUUACUACGUGGAUUAUCAAACAACCUCUCAUUCAGGAGUGCCUUUUAUCCAAAGCACUUAAAUCAUGCACUGAUAUUAAAUGCACAAAACAUCUAAAUAUAAUAUUGUAAUGAUGCAAGGAACAAUGAGUUACUUUAAGAUUAUUUUGAACAGAGAUUUGUGCAUUUUACAUCUUAUUUCUAUUUAAAGGUCAACUUCUGUCACUCCAAUUAAGUUUUUCUUAAAUUGUAUGUGUUUAUUUGUACAAGAAACCAACUAACCCCUGUAGGUUCAAAUUUUUAAAAAAGCCAUUUAAUAAGAAAAGCGUCUGUGUCGUGGAACUCAAUGUUACCUGCCUCAAGUGCCUCCAUGAAACUUUUUACUUUUACAUCUAUUUUUAAUUAGAAAACCGAAAAGUUUUUGUAUUUAAGAUGUUGCAUCCCGCAAGUGUUUCUGUAAGCUGUUUUUCUUUUACUUUACUUGUUUUUGGGUUAAAUAUGAGAGGAUGAUUUAGAGGCCCUUAAAGCACAACAGUAAUAGGUUGCUGUUUACACUUUUUAAUUGCAGUUUAAUUGUUUUGAUACUAAAUGCUAAUUGUAAUGGCCUUUUAAGACGAUUAUGCUUUAAAUAGUGUUAAGUGAUAAUUAUGUUAAAAAGUGUACACACACUCUGGUUUAUUUGAAAAGAGAAGUUGGAUAACUACAGUCAGCAGCUGUAGUUUGUGGCAAGAAUGAAAACUCACAAUCAACAUGGGCUACACUGCACUGUGGGCUGUUGAUGACAGUGAAACCUGCAGUGUUCUCACAUCCACACACAAUAACAUUUGUAAGGAAGUCUCAUUUUUGUAAAGACUUAUAUGUGUUUUCUAAUAUUUCAUGCUUGUGUUUGUUAAACAACAUUUUACCAAUCUAAACUUUAUGUACCAAAUUUUGCUUUUCAUAUUGUUAAAUGAUUAUAUGUGUAAUUAUUUCAUACUCUCUCUUUUCAUCAUAUCUCUGCUGUGUGAUGGUGUGUGUUGUCAUUUUGGUAAAUAAAAAGCCUUCAUUUUUA